AAUACAGCAAUUUUCCACUUCCAGUAACAUUACUCUAUCACUGAGUUGGGCACAUACCACUACGUGUAUUUGAACGUAGUGAAAUUACAUUGAAAACCGAGUAAGAAUGGAUUGUUUCAACAUUAGUCGACUUUGGUUUGUGGUCUGUCUUUAUAUUGGUUCAAGCCAGAGUGGUGAUUUCCCAAAACGUCAAUAUAGAAGUUUAUCCCCAAAUUCGAAACCUUAUGAGAUUGAAUGUGCAAUCAACUACCACCCAACCACUGACUCUUCAGAUGCCUCUGAUGAAGGAAUCAAACCAGAGAUGCCUCCACCUUUUAAGGAAACUCCAGAAUUGUCCCAGAACUGUGAAUGUGUUCCGUUCUUCCUGUGUGGCAAGAACCGCACGAUCACGCAAAAUGGCGAGGGGUUAAUGGACAUCCGAUCUGCCUUUUUGUCUGGUAUCGGUCUCGUCUCAGCUCCACCCUACAAGCAGUGUCCUUGCUCCAAUGCCACCACUUCACCCAAACCCAUUAAGUCUGGUGUAUGUACCAGUUACUUAGAUGUCUGCUGUAACCCUCCUCAAGUUUUAUCAGAUGAAUCCACCUCAUCCUCUCCCCCUACAAGAGAAGAAGAUAUCUAUGAAUGUGGACGCCGCAGUCUGAAUCCCCUCAGCUACCGCAUUACUGAUGGAGAGGAUGAGCAAGCGCAAUAUGGCGAGUUCCCAUGGAUGGUGGCAAUUUUAGGGACAGCUAUUGUUAAUGGAAGAAGGGAGAGAUCGGUAUACUUCUGCGGAGGAUCUCUCAUCGAUCCAAUGGUUGUACUUACAGCUGCUCAUUGUGUUAAAGGGAGGACGGGGUUGCUUAUUCGUGCUGGUGAGUGGGAUACAGAAACGCUGAGUGAACCUCAUCCCUGGCAGGAGAGAUCUGUCCACCAUGUGGUAGUCCAUGAGGGAUACUACGCUGGUGCUUUGUUCAAUGACAUUGCUCUUCUGUUUCUGGAGUCUCCAGUUGAAUUUGGGCCAAACACUGCCAGCAUUUGCCUGCCAACACAGAAUGAAAACUUUGACAAUGAAGAUUGUGUUGCAAGCGGCUGGGGCAAGGAUGUCUUUGGUGACAAAGGAAAAUAUCAGAUGAUAUUAAAGAAAGUGAUGUUGCCCAUUGUGCCAAGGGCUGAUUGUCAGGAAAUUUUCCGCUCGACGAGACUGGGUAUAUACUUUCAACUGCACGAAAGUUUCAUCUGUGCGGGUGGAGAGCAAGGCAAAGAUACUUGCAAAGGUGACGGUGGUAGUCCACUAGUGUGCCUCGCUGAGGAGGGCUCUAGCUAUGUCCAAGCAGGGAUUGUGUCCUGGGGGAUUGGUUGUGGAGGAAACAGUCCAGGUGUAUAUGUCAACGUUGCUCACUUUCGUGACUGGAUUGACAGCAAGAUAUCCAUGUUAAAUGUGGAUGAUCGUUUUGGGAAUGAUCACGAAUGACCGCUGACUGUGUGACUACUAUUGAAUGGAAUUUUAUGAAGUCAGAAAAUUCACGUUUCCAUGUAUUUAAAAAAGGAACUUUAUGAAACAUUAAGUUUAGUAAAAGGUUUGUUGAUAUUUAAAACCUAAUAUUCUCGAUAUGAAAAAUACCAAAGAGCUGGUAUUCAUAUCAUUUGAUUGUAUAUAGAGAUAAUAAACUUCAAUUUAGAGAGGGUAAAUUAUUUUUAUUGAAAAUCAGUUUUCAAUUUUUGGCUUUUACUCUUUUCAUGAAGUUAACAAACAAACUGCUCUGAACAUGUUCAAGACAAACUUAGGAUAUAUGAUAAGUAUUCCCAACUUGGCAUAAAGUAUUAAAACUAUUAUUUGAAAUUGUAUAUGAAUUUACAACUGUAGAUUCUCAUUGGUUUGGUUAUGUUCCAUUCCAUUAUAUGCCUUGGUUAUUUCAUCUGGUUGUUAUAAAAUAAAUAGGUUUCUUCUAAUAAUACCAGGUGUACGGAAUGUAAUAAGUGAUCUGUAAGCCCAGUUUUUAUGGAUGGCAUCUGAUUCAAACAAAGAGUUCAAAAUUAGCUCUAUUUAAUUCAGGAGCAUUUAACUAAAAAAUAUAAUGAGGAAAUGGUCUGUUAACUGUUUAUCUAAAGGAGAAUAAAUAGAAACAUAAUUUUAUCGGAAAAAGUGUUUUAUUAUGCCCUUGUUCUGCAAGAUGGAUAUACUAUAUUAUUAUUUUUAGUUUAUUAUUAUAGUUUAGUUUUGUCAACAUUUUGUUAAUUAAGAAACUUGUAUUUACUGAUAGUUAAAAUAUGUAUCUAUUUAAUAAUUUUGUACACCAUUGCUGGAAAAGGUAAACGGAACUAUGUGUUUGUAAUUUUGUAAAUAUUUAUUGUAAAUUAAAUAUUUUGAACUAAAUAAAUAGUUUUAUUUCUAU